UUUCAUGGGAGUACUACAUAAUAGAGAGGGAAAACAGAAAAGUAGAAGAGAAAUUCUUUCCUUAAGUAACCAUAAUUUUCAAAAGUUGUCUUAUGGUCCCACUGAUUUCAUUGCAUUUUAAAAGUUAGCGCACCAGCUGAAAUGGGCAAAAUACGAAGUCGGGAUCGAGAUCAGGAACUGCAUUCCUCCGGUGAUGAAGGGGUAACCAAAGCAAGCGAAAGCAUCUCAUCCAGAUCGAAGAAAACCAAGCGAAAGGAUACAAGCUCUUCUUCCAGUUCAUCGGAAUCCUCCCCCGAAAACAAGAAAAAUAAUCGAAUUAGCCGCUCUCCUGGCAGAAAGAUGCCAAAGGUCGGCAGGAAAUCCCCGGAUCCACAGGAGAAACGCUCCAGACACACAUCCAAGCCCUCUGAUGACGUACAGGAACAGCGCUCUAAGUGGGACAGUCCAGAACGUAGCAGCUCCCACCGCAGCAGCGCAAGGCAUCGCAGACACAGCCGGAGUCGCUCCAGGGAUCGUGGCGAGCGGGACAGAGACAGGGAGCGGGAUCGAGACCGUGAACGUAACAAUCACAUGCAUCGCAGCGGACGUGACUGGGAUCGCAGUAAGGAGCAGCGGACACGAUCCCCAGGACCGCAGCAGAGUUUUCGCAGCAACGAACGCAAGGAUCGCGAGCGGGAACGACAGCGGAGAUCGCCAGAAAGAAGGCCAGUUCGACGCAGUCAAAGUCCACGCGAUCGCUCCCAUCGUGCAUUUGGCCAAGGACGCCAUAGACCUCAGCGCCGGGAUAACCGCAACAGGAAAGAAGACGAGCAAUACGAAUGGGGCAAGCAAGGUAACGAAAAAACUAAAAUCGAGGGCGAGGAGCCUGUGGAUAUAGAAAAGCCCAACUUUGGGCUAAGUGGCGCUCUUACCGAGGACACAAACAAGGUGAACGGCGUUGUGGUCAAAUACUCAGAGCCACCAGAGGCCCGCAAACCGAAGCGGCGCUGGCGAUUGUACCCGUUCAAGGGCGAAACGGCUUUGCCUACACUGCAUAUUCAUCGACAGAGCUGCUUCCUGGUUGGACGAGAUCGUAAGGUGGUUGACCUAGCAGUAGAUCAUCCCAGUUGCUCCAAACAACAUGCCGCCCUGCAGUAUCGACUAGUGCCCUUCGAGCGGGAGGAUGGUAGUAACGGAAAAAGAGUUCGUUUGUACCUCAUCGAUCUGGAGUCGGCCAAUGGCACAUUUCUCAACAACAAGAAGAUCGAUGGCAGGAAAUACUACGAGCUUAUAGAGAAGGACGUGAUUAAGUUCGGCUUUAGUUCGCGCGAAUAUGUGCUGUUGCACGAAAACAGCAAAGAAGACCAGGAGGACGACGAUGUACAUAUCAAAGAUGAACCGCAAGAUGUGCCAGCUGAAGUGCACAAUCCCUGAAUAGCAUUCGUGUCAGUUUGAUUGUCUGUUUAAUUUUUUAAGCUUCAAAUUCAAGCCCCAAACCUUGGGCGACUAAAGAUAUGUAAAAAAAAAAAAUUAAGAAGCAAUGGUUUUUAAGUCAUUGCCAACACAAAAAUAAAUUCCCCCUCAAAGUU